AUGCACCAAUUUUCCGAUUGCGUCACUGUUGAAAUCGACUUUAUCUAUGCGCGUCUGUGUCUUCUUGCGGAGAAGAUUGUUUCACCAAAAAAAUCGGGCAGGGAUCGAAGAAGGCCAGACAACGAUCGAGUGGAGAAAAAUCGGCCAGGGAUCAAAGAAGGCCAGCCCCCAAAAAAAUUCCGAUUUCACGUUUUCAUAACUGAUUUACGAAGCAUUUUACGCAAUGAUAAAUUUUCACCAACUGAAUUUGAUGAAGGAUGGAAGAAAAGGGAAGAUGUAGUUACUGUUGUAGUCAGGCAAAGCAAGCUAAGUAAAGCGGAAAAAUCUCGAGCGACGGCGAGGAUUCAAAGAGUGGGACAGGACCCGGAUAAUAAAUGGGGAUAUCAAGGUGGCCCGGAUAAGCAAUGGGAAAACAAAAUGAUUGAAAAGGUCGUUGACGCGGAGCUAGCUCGUCGGGCCCACGUGACCGGAGAAGGAAAGUUGAAAGCAGAGGAUAAUAAUCUCCAGGCAUUCGGAAAAGUCGAUAAAGAACCGAGUCUAUGCAACUCAAUGAACAUCAGGGCCGUUAAGAAAUCGUUGCAUGUCGCAUAUCUGCAAGUUAGCGUGGUCAUAGACUAUAAGAUAAGUCGCCAACAAACACGCAAGGAUAAAGAUGCCCAUGCAAAAGCAUUUGGCCUCAGGCCAAAUUUUGAAGGUCAUGAAAGCGAGAAGUACAUAGCCGUCUGCAUCAUGCCACUUCCAAAGCUUCCGGACUGCUGCCGGGAUGGCUUCCUGAACAGAAUCUAUGAAAAGUUGAUUGGUAGGCUUGGAACUGCUAUACUCCAUGAUGACAUUAAUUUUAUCUCUACCAUAUGCCCAGGCAACACGAGCCCCAUCACCAACUCUCUUCAAUCCCAAGAGAAGCAUUGA